AUGAAUAUUAUUAUUUUAGGUUGGAUAAUUACUAAUGGUUUAUCUAAUCUAUUUUCCAUCUGUUCUAAUAAUCAAUAUAUCUUUGGAGGAGUUUAGGGCUUCAAUAUGAAUACAAGACUUAAAAAGAGUAUAGAAAAUUUGGCUCCUCAUUAUAAAAUAAAAAUCUAAAUAGUAUUUUGGAGGUAUCAUUAUAUAUUUAAUCUAUAUAGAAUUGAUUCUUGGAAUAAUGAUUAUUUAAAGGUUACAGUUGAUGGAUCUAUAAAAUUUUCUAAAACUUAUAGUUUUUAUUCCUCCCUGCCUAAUUUAUGUGGAGCAACUAAUUUCAAUGAUGAAGUAGAUUAUAUAAAUUUUGAAUUUUUACACAUCAAUAAUAAAGCUGAUAUUGAAAUUUUUGUAAUAGAUAAUGGAGAUAAUGAUGUAAUAAUAAUCUAAAAUGAUAGGAAUUUUGGGGGAUUUAGAAUUUUGAAAUAAGUUUGUAUCAGUGUAGCAAUAAUUGUAUUUCUUGUAACUUAGCAUGUUUAUAAUGUAAAAUAGGAUAUCAAGUAAUAAAUGGAUAAUGUGAAGAGUACUGUGGUGAUUCAUAUGCUGAUGUAGAAGUAAGAAUUGAAAAUAAUUUUUUUUAAAUAUUAAGGUUAUAAUCCUGUUAUAAUUAGAUCAUAUUAUAAUUUAUGCGGGAAUAGAGCUGA